ACUAGCAGUUACUGACAAACUGUAUUUAUCUUGUUUUAAGAACAUUUGAAAACUGGAACGACAACCUGGGCCACAGAGGGUGACAGUUUUUCCAGGAGUCAAAACGGAGAACCAUGAGCGGCGACUGGCCGCCUCCCGCGGCUGCGCAGCUCUGCUAUGAGCACCUGAACGGCUCCUGUGUCAAAACCCCCUACUCACCCGGCCCCCGCCUGAUCCUGUACGCUGUGUUGGGCUCUGGAGCUGCCCUGGCUGUGUUUGGAAACCUCUCGGCGAUGAUUUCAGUUCUCCACUUCAAGCAGCUGCACUCUCCAGCCAAUUUCUUGAUCGCCUCCCUGGCCUGUGCCGACUUCUUGGUGGGGGCGGCUGUGAUGCCCUUCAGCACAGUGAGGUCCGUGGAGAGCUGCUGGUACUUUGGGCAGCGCUUCUGUCAGUUUCACUCCUGUUUUGACGGGUCGUUCUGUUAUGCUUCCAUCUACCACCUGUGCUUUAUCUCUCUCGACAGGUACCUGGCGGUCACUGACCCCCUGCUCUAUCCCACCAGGUUCACUGCCAAUGUUUCUGGCCUGUGUAUUGCCUUCUCCUGGCUUUUUUCCAUUUUUUCAUUCUUGUUCCCUUUUUGGCACAGGUGCGAAUGAAGCUGGGCUGGAGGAUCUAGUAAG